AUGACUCGUUCUGAAGAAAUAUUUUUAGGUCUUAAAAGUGUUCGUGAUACUAUUCUCCGUUAUUCUAAAAAUACUGAAGUUCGUUUAGUGGCUGUUUCAAAGUUAAAUUCUGUAGAAGAUAUAAAAAUUGCGUACGAUUAUGGUCAAAGACAUUUUGGAGAAAAUUUUGUCCAAGAAAUGGUUGAAAAAGCCAAAUUGCUUCCUUCAGAUUGCCAAUGGCACUUUAUUGGAGGACUUCAAACCAACAAGUGUAAAACUUUAGUGUCUAUAUCUAAUUUAUGGGCAGUUGAAAGUUUAGAUUCUUAUAAAAAGGCAUUUGCUUUAAACAAGGCAUUAAUGAAUUUAAAAAGAUCUACAAAUAUGCUAGAUAAUAAUGAUAGAAAACUUAAUGUUUAUGUUCAAGUAAAUACGAGUUGUGAAGAAGGGAAGAACGGUGUUGCUCCCUGUGAUUCCGAAGAGUUAUGUAGUUAUAUAAUAAAUAAUUGUAAAGAACUUCAUCUUAAAGGACUUAUGACUAUUGGCUCAUUAUCUGAAAGCAAUAGCGAAUACAAUAAAGAUUUUGAGACCCUUGUAAAAUGUCGAGAUAAAAUUACUGAAUCUCUUGGAAUAAAACUGGAAUUAAGUAUGGGUAUGAGUAGAGAUUUUGAACUAGCUAUUAAAAUGGGAUCAACAAAUAUAAGAGUUGGAACAAAUAUUUUUGGUAUGACACAUUUUAAUUUUAUAUAUCGUUUUAAUGUUAAAAUAUAG